AUCAUCACAACCCUCAUCAUAACUUUGGACCAUCUUGUGAUAUUACCUCUCAAUUACAUCUUGACACACUCAUUUCAGUAUUUUUCGUGUUAAUUUUCAUUUGGGUCGGAUAAAAUGGUGUAAAAAUUAAACCUUUAUUUUUUAAAUUUUUUUGCCCCUCUUUCUCUCUCUAGGAUUUUGGCUUUUGAGUUUCUCUCUCUCUCUUGAUGUUGUAUCAUCUGUCAGAUAUUAAUGGGGCACUGCAGAUUCCUGUGGUUUGCAACUUGGGUUGGGGCCUUUUCAACUCCAGCUGUCCCUAUUUGUAGCAAAGAGCAGUUGUUGGGAUGGGACCAAAUAGACCCAUCCUGAACCUCUCUGGUUUUUCAAGACAACAAUCAAUGUCAUUUAUGAUUUGUGUGUGAAUUCUACCCUUGAAAAUUUUCACCAAAUGUUUAAGGUUUUUACUUAAACCUGAAUUUAUUAUCUGUGUGUUUGUGUUUUUUACUCUUUAGGUUGUCUUUAUCAGAUUGAUGUGAUUUUUUUUUAAUUAGGAUGAAAUUAAUGCUAUCUAAUUGAAAUGUUGUCUUCGAUGGUAUUUGUUUCAAGUGUUUUGGGAAAAUUUUGGUGGGUGAGUUUCUUCUCUUUUACUGUCACACUCAGAAUUAGGUUUUACUACUUGAACUGUGAAUGAAAACAUGUUAGGUGGCGUUGAAGAAAUCUUUUUAUUGUUGGUUGGUUAAUGUGUCAGAAGCUUGACAGUGCGUGUGACUUUGUGCAUCCAUUUUUUCUUUUUGUUUUUUCUUUUGUUUUUUAUCAUGAAUAUUUUGCAUCCAGUGUUUUAAGGUGGAGAUUAGUUGUUAAUUCAAUUGAGUUCUUAUAAUACUCCGUUUUCAUACAACUACUGAAUGGAUUCUACAGUUGAGUAAUUCAUUGGAUGUUAAUGAGGUUGGUUUUCUUGCUUCUGUUAAGUUGUUGGAUCAAAACUAUUGAGAUUAAGAAUAUUUAAUGGAUUUUGUAUUCGAGUACAAGGUGGCUUUAUUAACUUCCAAUCUGGGAAAAAGACUUUGAACCAAAUUGUUAAUCACUGUGUAUAUUCCUACACCCUUUUUUACUUUAUGAGAUUUUAAUUUUUAACCUUACAAGUUUCACUGAUUCUGAGGCCUUUCAUGCCUAAUUAGUUACUACUAUGAAUUACUGUCUGUUCCAUGGCAUGGACAGAAAACAGAAUAUGAUGCUGAGUGUGUUCAGUGAAAAUGAGUUCUACAGUGGCUAUACUUAUGGGUGAAAGUUUUGUGGGCCUGUGCUGUUAAAACUGUUGUUAUUAUCAGUAGGGCUAAGCUGAAAUUUUUUUUUUUAUUGAAUGGGAAAUAGCUAUUUUGAAUGCCCUUUGCUUUCCCUUGUAGUCUUAUCUAUUCUUCCUUCUUUGUUUGUUUCUGGAAGGUCUCUUUCUCAAUCUGAAAUCCUAGACGGUUAUUACAUUGAUUUCAUUGACUGGCGUUCGCAUUAAUUUCUAGGUUUCAUUUCCCUUAAACCGUCAUGUAUUGCAUCCAUGAUUUUAUGGUUGUCAGACUGAGAUAUUUUUCCAUGUUCUAAUUGGACUUCUUUGCCUUUUCAUUCAUCAGCAAGUCAGAAAUUCACAAGUGUCUGGUUUUCUGAAUUUUGAAGUAAAUCACCUUUGAAAUUUCACAUACCUCAUAAGUUUUUUGGGAAACCAUUGGUAUUGAACUCUGUUCAGCUUCCUGCUAUUUUCUGCACAUCAGGCUGCACCUUGUAGUCCAACACAUCUGCUCCCUAAGUUUAUAGCAUUUAGCAUGCUGGCAAGGUUAAUAUUUGUGGUACUCACCAUAGAACAAAUCAGAGUUUGUGGCAUAUAAGAUGGCCUUAACCUAGAUUUAGAGCAGUUAGUUAGAAACUUUUCCUCUCCUUCUAAUAAAACUCGGUAGUUGCUUCAAACAAGACUAGAUGACUGUGGAUGAAGUGGAUAGUAGCUCUGAGUGGAGCAGAGAGCAGGAUAAAGCAUUUGAAAAUGCAUUGGCAACUCAUCCGGAAGAUGACUCAGAUCGUUGGGAGAAGAUUGCCGCUGAUGUGCCGGGGAAGACUAUAGAAGAAAUCAAACAGCAUUAUGAGCUCUUGGUUGAAGAUAUUAACCAGAUUGAAUCCGGUUGCGUGCCUCUUCCAUCUUAUAAUUCUUCUUCAGAGGGCUCAACAAGCCAUGCCAGUGAUGAAGGAGCUGGCAAGAAGGGCAGCGGUCCUGGGCAUUAUAGCGGUGAGUCUAAUCAUGGAACUAAGGCUUCAAGAUCAGAUCAGGAACGACGAAAGGGGAUUGCUUGGACUGAGGAUGAACACAGGUUAUUUCUUCUGGGCUUGGAUAAGUAUGGAAAAGGCGACUGGCGAAGCAUAUCAAGGAACUUUGUGGUGACACGAACUCCUACACAAGUAGCAAGCCAUGCCCAAAAAUACUUCAUUCGUUUGAACUCAAUGAACAAAGAUAGAAGGCGAUCCAGCAUACAUGAUAUCACCAGUGUUAACAAUGGAGAUAUUUCAGCACCUCAAGGGCCAAUAACCGGUCAAACAAACGGUUCUGCUGGAAAUUCUACUGCCAAAGCAGCCAAAGCGGCCACCCCGGCCUCAACUGGGGUGCCAGGUGUUGGAAUUUAUGCAGCUCCAACCAUUGGACAACCUAUAGGAGGACCCUUAGUAUCUGCUGUUGGCACCACAGUGAACCUUCCUGCACCUGCACACAUGGCAUAUGGGGUCCGAGCCCCAGUACCCGGUGCAGUUGUACCUGGUGCACCGGUAAAUAUGGGCCCUGUGACGUACCCUAUGCAGCAUACGUCUGUUCCUCACAGGUGAAGUGCUGUUUAGAGGCCUAGUGUACAAAAGAAACAAGAGACUAGUGGUGGCUUCUGCAGUGAAUGAAAUUCUUUUCUUGACAAUUGCUUUUUGCUUAUUAUAUGCAACAAUGAGUUAUAUGCAUAAUCUGUCAUUUCAAAUAAGCCAUAUGAGGAAGCAAUUGAAUGUAUCCGUGUAGGCUGCCAUGGAAUGUUUGACAGCCUUGACAUAGGAGAGCAUAAAAGUACGGUUGUUUUGUAGACAUUUGAACUGGCUAUUAUUAAACCGUGCUAUAGAGGAAGGUUCUAUGGAUUUCAAGUGUAAAUUAUUGUUGCACUCUUGGUUUUUGUAGGAAAUAAACUCUUCGCCUAUGGUCUACCUUAACUUUAUGUGUGUAAGUUACUACAA